CAUUUUAUUAGAGAAUGUCGUACGGAGCACAAACAGACGCUAAAAAUUAGAAUUAAAAUACAAAAAAAAACCUAAAUCCAAAUUCACAAAAAUACACAAGUGUAACAAAAUUUUUACGUGUACAUAACCAAAAUUUUUUCCCACAAAAACAUUAAUUCUUUAAGUACAACUUUUUUUUAGCAUUUUCUACAAAAAAAAAAAAAAAAAUUAAAAAAAUCGCAAAACAAAAAAAUCAAAAAAAUAGUAAAACAAAAAAUCAAAAAACAAUUCUUUAAGAACAUAAUACACAAAAACCACACACAAAAAAAAUUAGCAAAAAAUGCCUUCGUUUCGUCAACUAAAUUUACUACGUAAAGCGCAUCGUUUCCUGGCCCUUGAGCGGCGUCUUUUCCAGACAACGGCGGUGGUUCGAGAGGAGGCCAACUAUGGAACCAAAUGCGAUACGACCAAGGGCGUGGUUGUCGGCGUCUACUCCAAGGAGGGUGAUAAACCGGCCAAGACGUCAGAGAAUGCCGUCACUCUGGACGAUGCGGUCGGUGGGAAAAUAAUGGCUCUGAUCAAGGAACGCGGCAUGGACGGAACUGUGGGCAAGGGCAUCCUAUUCAGCGGCCUCGAAGGUGAGUUUCAAUCAGUAGCCGUAGUCGGAGUGGGAGCUUCAGGAGCCGGCUACUGUGCAGUUGAGAUGCUGGAUCAGGGCAUGGAGAAUGUGCGGAUUGCCGCCGGCACAGGAGCCCGUGCCCUCCAGAUGCAAAACAUUCAGGAUGUAUAUGUCGAUGGCAUGGACUAUCCGGAACAGGCAGCCGAAGGAGCUGCCUUGGCUGUGUGGCGUUGCAAUGUGAACAAGCGGAAGAAGGAUCGUACGGCCACGCCCAAAUUGCAUAUGUUUGGCAAGGGCGACACCGAUGCCUGGAUCCGUGGUUUGUUCAAGGCGGAAUCGCAGAAUCUAGCCAGACGUUUGACGGAUGCGCCAGCCAAUCAGAUGACACCUUCAAUUUUCGCCCAGGCAGCUGUAGAUUCCCUUUGUCCCUGCGGUGUGAGCGUCGAGGUGCGUUCCAUGGACUGGAUUGAGGAUAUGAAUUUAAAUUCCUUCCUCAUGGUGGCCAAGGGAUCUUGUGAGCCUCCCAUAAUUUUGGAGUGUAGUUAUUGCGGCACCGCGCCCGAGGAUAAGCCAGUCCUGUUGCUGGGCCAAGGUUUAACCUUCCACAGUGGUGGCUUGUGUCUGAAGCCAAAGACUGGAAUGGAUGAAUACCGUGGCGCUAUGGCUGGUGCCGCCGUCUGUGUGGGCGUGUUGAGGGCUGCUUCAGCUUUGUCCCUGCCCAUAAAUAUCACCGCCGUGAUGCCUCUCUGUGAGCAUAUGCCCUCGGGCAUGGCUGUAAAAUGUGGUGACGUAGUCACUCUACUCAAUGGCAUGACCAUGGGCGUUAAGAAUGUCGGCAAAGCUCCAGUGGUGAUGCUAGCCGAUCCUCUGCUCUACGCUCAGACAACUUUCAAGCCCAAACUGAUCGUUGACAUUGGAACAGUUGCCCAGGGUGUGCGCCAUGGUCUUGGCGGUGGUGCCAGCGGUCUUUGGGCCACUUCGGACUAUGUUCUCAAAAAUUUCAAAAAGGCGGGCGGCAUCACUGGCGAUCGCAUUUGGCAUUUCCCAUCCUUCCGCUAUUACAGAGAGAUCGUUACUUCCAACACCAACUAUGAUCUGAGUAAUACUGGCCGGGGACCCGCCUCAUCAUGCCUAGCAGCGGCCAUCUUGUCCACCCUAGUCCCGUGUGUGGAUUGGGCCCAUCUGGACAUACGCGGUACGGGCAUGCUAACCAAAUACAAUCCUUUGCCCUAUUUGCUUAAGGGUUGUAUGACUGGCCGACCAACGCGCACUGUCAUUCAAUUUUUGUACCAAAUAGCCUGUCCACAAGCACAAGAUUAAGUAUCAGCCACUCAAACCUGUUGGGCGAAUAUUUAUGGAAAAACCUUUGGAUGGAUGUCGCUUUUUUAGUAGUAUAGCUUAUGGGUGUUCUUUGACUUGGCUUGGUAGACGCA